UAUGCCCAGACCCAGAAUUCCCUUUGUGUGGCUCUGUCUCCCGCCCUUGUUGGUCGUUACAGAGAAAGGAUAAAACAGAGAGAAUAAUCCGUCCAUUUGUUUACUCCUUCCCGUUCUCCCUCUCUCCCUAUUCUCUUCUUUAUGAAUCUUCUGAAGCUCCAACCCUCGUAUUCACAUAUUUCACAGAUUGCCCUUCUUCAUCCCUUUCUCUCUUCACCUCAAACACACACUCUCUCCAUCUCUUUAGUCUCCAACGAAUCGACAUCUCUCCUAAGACAUCAUGUCAUCUCUGCAACUCUCUCUUCUCGUACCCCAAAUGUUCUCUAUAAACGUGAACUUCGAAGCCCUAGGGUUUCGAAUAACGAGGUUCCAGCCGGGGAAUUCGAGGAUUUAGCAGCCGACGGGGACGUUUACAACAACACUCUGAGAUUAGUGGAGUGCUCGAUGUUCGCUGCCGUUGCUGGACUAGCUUAUUUCUUGAGCAAUUCUCUUGCAAUCGAGAACUAUGUUGCAUGCUUCUUUUCAUUGCCAAUAGUUAUAACCUCCAUGAGAUGGGGCGUUGCAGCUGGUAGAAAGACAAUGGUAGCAACUGCCAUGCUAUUACUUACAUUGUCUGGUCCAGUAAAGGCAUUAACCUAUCUGCUUAUGCAUGGAUUAGUUGGUCUGGCCAUGGGUACUUUGUGGAGGUUGGGCAAAAACUGGGGACUUUCUAUCUUCUUCUGCACAUUUGUUCGAGCAAUGGGUGCAAUGGGGUAUGUUCUAAUAUCCUCAUUCUUAAUAAGAGAAAACAUACUUGCUCUGAUCACCAUAAAUAUUCAUACUUCUCUCACCUACAUGCUCACAGCUAUAGGCAUAAACUCAAUUCCAUCAAUGAAUACAAUUUAUGCUAUAUUUGGGACCCUGCUUUUGCUUAAUUGUGGAUUCUUUAUAUUCUUGCUACACAUUCUAUAUGCGGUUUUCCUCACUAGGCUUGGGAUGAAAACUUCGUUGAAACUGCCAAGAUGGCUGGAGAAGGCAGUAUGAAGAGGCUGCCACUGCUAUCCAAUUAUUUCAUCACUAGUCAUUCUUAUGCCCUGUUAAGAGGAAGCCCAAAAAAUGCAACGACCAUCUUUAUCUUUCAUUGGCAUUAGGCCCAUCUCCAUUGAAUUGGCCUCCAUUAUAUCUGCAACAUGACAAUGCCAGAAAUUAUAUGUGAAACCUAAUGUUUGUAGAUUAUUACAUGUUUAAAGUAUGGAAGGAUGACAUACAGAAGUGCACAAUUGAAAGACUUUAAUCUCACCAAAAUAUGAUCCCUUCAAAAAAAAAAAAUCACCAAAAGAUGUGAAUCGCUGCUAGCUUAUUGAAAGACUUCAAUCUCACAGAAGUGCACAAUUUAAUGUAGUUUGGUUUGGUGGAAUCUAUGCUAUAUUCUAAAA